ACCAAAAGGCUUGAUUUUAUUUUCAUUUUUUUCCAGUUUAUAUUUGAAGUAUGUCACAUGUUCAUGUCAACCUACAAAGUUGAAAAAUGAGUCAUGCACACUUUAUCAACAGUUGCAAAGGUCAUGUUUCCCUUCACAGACAUAAAAUUCCCGUUCAAACCAACUCCAGCAUGACCAGUGCAACAUCCAGAACAUGACAGCUCCAGGACUUUAGACCCUGGAUAGCACUAGAUUACUGCCUGUAAAUCAUCUGUAUGCGGAUUUCCCCCAUUGUUUGGUUCCAAAAAACAUUUUCUCAAUGAGUCCAUGUCUGGUGGAGAAAAUGAUUUUAGUCUAUCUGAAGACAUCUUGAAACCCUUUUAAGAUAUCAUGGCCCUCAUGUGAUUUCUAAAAAGAUUGUCUGAUUUUAUCACAAAGUGACAGAGGAGAGACACACACGUGUGUAAACACAACUGAUGAUAGUGCUAAUCUGUCAGAUAACAACCGGCCCUGGAAACGCGUCCCGUUCACUCCGUGCUCUGAGCACAAGCAGUCCGACGAGCAGAUUUCCAUUUUCCGAGCUGCCACUCAAACAAGCGGGGGCUCUACGAAGAGGAGGAGACGGGGAGGACGAUCCUGCAGCCAUUCAUCAGUCCGCCGAGGAGCCGCGCUCCGCCGCCUGGACCGCCCGCGUGCCCCUGCCUGCCAGCCGGAGCGGAGGCGCGAGACUCCCACCGCGAGCGUCGGUCAUUCGGCGGCGGACGUGAACGAGGAGGAGGAGGAGGAGGAGGAGGAGGGGGCUGAGAGGAGGGAAAAGAGCCAGUCUAUCAGAGUUAUUACCCGGUGUGCAUGUAGAGGAGAAGACGAGGAGUCUCUCGUUCUCAGAUCCUGACAGGACGCGUUUUCCCGGUGAGUGAGGAGAGGUUAGUGUCAUCAGUUUAAGCGUUCUCCCUGGUUGCUGAGUUGCAGCUCUGGUCUUUGUCUCCAGCCAGAGUGGACUGUUGCAUUGCUCUGAGAAGGACACCAUGACCCAGGAGGGGCAGGCUCUGUCCUCUCCCACCCCACCUGAGAACACAUUGGAGCCCAGCACUGCAACAACGUCGACUGAGCCACCUGCAGAAACACAUAAUGAGGCAGUUGAGGACAGGCCAGAGGCUGUGGAGAGGGACAAUACAGAGGAGGGGAAACAAGAAGAGGAAACCAUAGGUAGAGAGGUGACGGCACAAAGUGAAGGAGAGGGGAGGGCAGAGGGUAAAGACGAGGGAGGAGAAGGUGAGCUAAACAAGGAAGGGGAAGGUCCCACUGAAGAACAGCAUCAACACAGCAAAAGAGAAGAAGAGGAGAAAAAGGACAAUGAGGACAUGCAGCUAUCUGCAGAGAACGAGGCAUCUAACCUUCAACCAACUGGACGGCUUGCUAAUGGUGUGAGUGGGAAGGAUGAUGAGGACGGUUUAGGUGAGGAGGAUGGCAGAGAAGAGAGGGAGGAACAUACAAACUUGGACACUUUCAGCUCCAACUUUGAGACGACUGUAGAGCAGGCCGACACAGAGGUGGAGGAUGAUGAAGAGGAAGAAGGGGCCCCGGGAGAUGGAGAUGAAGCAGAAAACCAGGACACUUUCAGCUCAGCCUUUGAGCAAAUUGUAGAGCAGGUCGAUGUGCAGGAAAAAGAAGAGGAGAGAGAGUCGGAGGAAGAAGAGAAGGAGAAAAACAAGGUGGUGGAUAACAAAGAUGGCUUCAGCUCCACGUUUGAGCGCAUUGUGGAGUCUGCCCUGCUAAGGGGCGGCACAUGCUACAGCAGCCUUGACUCUCUGGACGUGCUGUCACUCACGGACGAGACGGACAGCUGCGUCAGCUUUGAGGCACCACUGACUCCACUUAUCCAACAGAGGUCGCUGUUACAGGGACCUGAACCUCUGGAGCUGGAGCUGGCAACAGUUCAGGAACAAGAAGGGGCUGAGGCUGGAUCAGAUGCCCUUGACAGUGAUGAUACAACUGGGCAGAGCUCGGUGUGUCCAGGUGGAUCAGGUGGUGCUGUGGGGGGAGGUCCAUUAAGGACAACCAUACCAGGGAGCAGGUCGGAGUUUGUGCUGAGCCAGCCUGGACGCUGGGCUAUUCCCAAUGGAUACCACUUAGACUCCCGGGGAGCCAUGGAUGUCAGUGGAGCCAUGAUCAGCUCUGUUAGUGAUGCCAACCUUGCAGACGUGCUGUCUGAUUCGGAGGAGUGUGAUUUGGGCAGCCUGGAGCGCUUGGAGCGCGGCAGCACCGACACUCUGGCCAAUGGCUGCCGAGUUGACUGUGAGGCCGCCAAGAGGCUGGCCAAGCGCCUGUAUCACCUCGAUGGUUUCAAGCGCUGCGAUGUGGCCAGACACCUGGGCAAAAACAACGAGUUUAGUCAGCUGGUGGCUUCAGAGUAUCUGAGUUACUUUGAUUUCUCUGGCCUGUCCCUGGAUCGAGCCCUGAGGAACUUCUUAAAGGCUUUUCCAUUGAUGGGGGAAACUCAGGAGAGAGAGCGGGUCCUCGUCCAUUUCUCCAGACGCUACUGUCACUGCAACCCACAAACACCUACUUCUGAAGAUGGAGCCCACACAUUAACCUGUGCCCUAAUGCUGCUCAACACUGAUCUGCAUGGACAUGUGAACAUUGGGAAGAAGAUGUCUUGCCAGCAGUUUAUCAGUAAUCUAGAUGGCCUCAAUAAUGGCAGAGACUUCCCUAAAGAUUUAUUAAAGGUCUUGUAUAACUCGAUCAAGAAUGAAAAGCUUGAGUGGGCAGUUGAGGAGGAGGAGCUCAGGAAGAGUCUGUCUGAGUUAGUGGAGGAGCACUGUGAGGGCGGGAGUAAGCGUGUUGCCAGGGUAACGGACAGCAGUAACCCUUUCAUUGCCAUUCCCAUUCUGCUAAACGCGGUCACCUACAAACAUGGAGUGCUGACCCGCAAAAGUCAUGCUGACAUGGACGGCAAAAGAACUCCAAGGGGCCGUCGGGGUUGGAAAAAGUUUUACGCGGUUCUAAAGGGAAUGAUCCUAUAUCUCCAGAAGGAUGAGUACAAACCUGACAGUGACAUUUCCGAGGUGGACCUGAAGAAUGCAGUACGGAUUCAUCACGCUUUAGCCACUCAUGCCACUGACUACAGUAAAAGACCCAAUGUGCUGAAACUGAAAACCUCAGACUGGAGAGUCUUUCUACUGCAGGCCCCUAGUGAGGAGGAGAUGAUGUCCUGGAUCUUCCGGAUAAACUUGGUGGCAGCUCUAUUCUCCGCUCCAGCUUUUCCCGCUGCAAUUGGUUCCAUGAAAAACUUCUGUCGGCCCAUCCUGCCGUCCUCAUCCACCAGACUCAACCAGGAGGAGCAGCUGCGGAGUCAUGAGAGCAAGCUGAAGCAGACCAGUUUGGAGCUGGAGGAACACAGAAAAAACCAGCCCUCGGUUGACCCAAAAAGCCGUGACUGGGAGGAGUACCGGCUUAAAGAGCACUACCUCACGUACGAGAAGACUCGAUAUGAGACGUACAUUAGCCUUCUGCAGGCUAAAAUUCGUGCUGAGACGGACGACCUAGAGAAAAUCGAGGCCAGUGUGAUUGGUGGCCUAAUCUUGGAUGGUAGCUUGGCAGGUCAAGAGUGCCACCUUCGAAAGACACAGUCCUCCCCAUCUAUCAGCCAGUCCCACUCUGGCCAGAAUGGGAGGACCACUGGAUGCGCUGUCCCAGGACAAGGGAGCUGAGAAAGGGGGAAGAAGGAAGACGCUGACCCUACAGCACCCCAGAAUAUUUAGUAAUUAAUAUGUUGUGUUUUGGGCUCCUGCUAUCCCCAGUGAACUGUCAUGCUCCUUGUUUUUAAACCUGAUGAAUAUCCUGUCCUUGAGCAAUAGUUGAGGGAAGCUGCUGAACCUCUAUUCUCUCAGCUUCUAUUAUUGCACAUUUGGAAUGAUCCUAACUGUGAUCAGUGUUUAAAGCAGCACCAUCAGUAUUAUUUUAUCAUCUCAGAGUCAGGCAUUUGUCUAGAUGAAGUGCCAUUAGCUCUGACAAGAACUUUAGGUUGUUCAAAAUGUUUAAAUAGCAGGUCAGACAGAUAGAAGGAACAGUUUAGUUUGCCAUUUUCUACCAGUUUCUGACUUGUACUUCAGUCCUGAAGUCAAUCAGUGGGUAUAAAUAGGUAGACAUGACACCGCAUUGGUCUAUUUUAAGUCAUAAAACUCAUGCUUACACAGCCAGACACUGGCAGGCAUGUGUAGUGAAAGGACCUAUAGUACAGGUAGGGUGUGUAGUGUGAAGAUGUAACAUGUCUCUCCUGCAGAGAACUCAGAAGGAUAAAGUCCCUGUUUAUCAUAUUUAUUUAUUUAUUUAACUCUCACAACCUUUGUUUAGCCCAGAAAAGGUUUACACAAUGCUUUAUUGUCCUUUUUUCAGAAGGGUUUUUUUUACAUGCAUUGCUCUAAGGAGGCUGUAAAAUGAGUAAAACUGUUUUAGUAAGCUGCACCACAAAGAAGCUGUAGGUUUAGUGCCUUACUGAAGGGCACCUUGGCUCAGAGAGACCCAACGAUGGCUCAAACUGCCCAAAAUACGGACAUUUGUUUAUUCAUUUUUGUUUUCAGGAAAUUCAAGGAUUUAUUAUUUAAGUGCUGAAAGAUCCAUUGUCCAUGUUAUCCUCUUACUGCUCCAUUUCCAUCCCAACUGAACAGAUGCAACGGAUGCAUUACAAUGUCUCUCAAAAGUGUUCAUACCUCUUGAACUUUUACAUUUUGUCGCAUUACAAACUUCAGUGUAUGUUAUCAGGAUUGUAAUUGAUAAACCAGGUUGUGCAUUAUUGUGAAGAGGGCGGUAAAUGAUAUUACAAAAUCUAAUUAUUGCCCUUUUUUUCUUUGCAAAAUAGCUCAAGCUCAGUCAAUUUCAGAGAGCUUAGGUGACCAACAAUUGUGAAGUCUUGCCACGGAUUCGAACUGGUGUUUAGGUUUCGAUUUUGGGCCUUUAAAACACAUAAAUAUUAUUUGAUCUAAACAAUUUCAUUGUAGCUUUGGCUGCAUGUCAAUUUAACACAUGGGUACCCAACUCUGGCCCUCAGGAGCUGCUAACCUGCAACCUGAUCACAUACAGAGCAUCCAGAAAAUAUUUACAUGGCUGAACUUUUUCCACAUUUAGUUAUGUUACAGUUUUAUUCCAAAUGGUAUCAAAUUCAAUGUUUUCCUCAAUAUUCUACACACAAUACCCCAUCAUGACCAUGUGAAAGAAGUCUGUUGGAGAAUGUUGCAAAUUUAUUACAAAUGGAAAACUAAGAAAUCUCAUUUAUGUAAGUAUUCACAGCCUUUGCCACAAAGCUCAAAACUGAGCUGAGGUGCCUCUUUUGUUCACUGAUCAUCCUCGAGAUGUUUCUACAGGGGGGUGAACCCCAUGCCUAAACAUAGUUGUGCUUCUAUUUGCAAUAUAUUUGCAACAAUCUCAAAAAAGCCUCUUUCACAUUGUCAUGAUGGUGUAGUGUGCAGAAUUUUAAGGAAAGAUUCAUUUGAUCCCGUUGGGAAUAAAGCUGUAACAUAAAUAAAUGUGGAAAUAGUGCAGCGCUGGGAAUGUUUGCAGAUACACUGUAAAAUUCCAAUAAAACUCAUUAAAGUUUGUUUUAUGUAACGUGACAAAAUGUGGAAAGGUUCAAGGGAUUAGUUUUGCUGGGCACUGUAACAAAAUAUGUCCGGGUGUGAUUUCGUUAAAGAUUUACUGUAUGUUAGCCAGGAUUGUCUGGGUGCGAGGGAUACAGGUUAGGUUGGUCAGUGUGUGUGUGCGCACGUGUUCCAGUUGGGAUAUUAUAGCUGAAAGUAGCUGAAGGAAUCAAAUAGGAGUCUACUGUAACAAGGAGUCUUGUUACUGUAUGACAAGCUGAUUGAGUGUGUUUGGCCUUCUGCUGACACAAUCAGGCCUGGAUCUCUCCAAAGCCUCUCCAGCACAAAGGCAGCCUUUAUCUCUGUGACUAAACAUGCAGUAUAACUCCUGACAAUAUCUAACCCCUCUAUGCUCUGAUUUAUUGUAUGUUACAUGGGCCUGUCAUACAUCCCAGCUGGUUUGUUAAUUCUUGCACCCUUAAUGCUCCAUGAGGGUGAUUUUGGGAAACAGAAACCGGCCAAUUUUAAAGCGGGGCAGCAGGACUGCUCCGGCUCUGUGUGUUUAAGUCAAUAAGCCCGUCAGUAUGCAGGAAUGGAGAGGGAAACAGCAGCACAGUAGCCAUCAAAACACUCUUCCUGUUGGAGUGAAGCUGGAGAGACUUGUUUUUCUAGAAAAAUGGACUAGUUAAAUUUUCUUAGUAGUCUACCGACCAAGAAGAGGCAAAGCAGACCUUCAGCUCAUGUUUUUCCAAACCACGAGAAGAAAAACAACCUAAUGGACCUGAAUUUCCCAGAAUGAAGACUUGCCAAAGGUGUUGAGGAACAGGAGAUGUGGUGUUACCACUCUUUGUGAGCACCUUAACUGAGCCUAAAGCCCCCAGUCACACACACACGAACCGGUUUUCAUGUAAUUGUUUAUAACACAACUGUAGAUCAGUAACUUCGGUGUCCUCUCACUCAGCCCUGAUUUGGUGCAAUUCACAUUACCAGAGAUGAAAUAUUGACUGCAUGAUCUGGAAACAGCACCUCGGCUGCUCUGGCUAAUAAAUUCACAGUGACUGAUGGCGUCUGGGAUCCUUUUUGGGACUUGACCUGGAACCCGAUUCACUUUCAGACUAAAAUGCUGAUGAAGAGCUGCGUUUCUGAAGAGGAACUACCAGUUUUAAAGCUGUAUGGUUAGGAUAAAAAACCGCUUUCUUACAGGGAGACCUCCCAGUGUAGUCACUUUGGCUGUUGUGCUAAUUUUUGAUUCCCCAUGUUCUAGGGUAGGCCUGUGCUGUAAAAUAGGGUUGUGAAAAAAUGUGGAUUGUUUUGUUUUAUUUAAAGAAAAAAGGAUAACUUUGGCACUUUGAUGUCAGCAAUUAUCUGUCUUUUUGUUUUUGUUUGUAUAUUUGAACUUUUUGACAGAAUGCGCAUAACUAUGUAAAGGACAUAUUUACUGAAUAUUUAGUCUGUGCUUCAUAAAGUAAGCUUUUAUACAGA